UUUUUUUGGACAUAUUUUACAUGAAUCGUUUUUACACGCCGCAUUCUGCUCUUGCAGUUGCGUUUCGGGUGCCUGGGCGCGCCUGCUUCAAUGUCAAGGGGAGGCAGCUCCUCGGCUCCGCGGAGCUAUUGUGGGGGUCUGUGUGUACGGGUAGCAGGGAGGAAAUGGGGCAGGAGGAGGUGGCCUCCGCUUGUGCUUAUUUGGGGAAUUCCUUCAGUGAAAGAAAGGGAGAAAAAAAGAAAAAAAAGUUAGGAUUGUUUUGGAGGUGAAUGUGGAUAACGAGGUACUCCGAAUGCAGCACGCCGUUGUGGCGUUGAGGCGCGUGCUCCAAUGAAGUAUUCAUGACAUGUUUGAAAUAACCGGGGGGUACACCUGCCUACGUAACACUAGUAGCUCCCUGGUUAGUGGUCAGUAAAGCGAUUAUUACUAGUUAUUGUGACAUAAACAUAAAAAUGUAGGUCAAAAAAUGUUAUUUUUGUUUCGGCAAUUAGCUGCUAGCCGCUCGUCGCACUGAUUCAAUGGGUAAAGCGGUUCGGGCGCGCGGCUCUUUUUGUGUUAGUAGGCCAGCCCAGGGAGAAAAUAAAGCCCCGUGCGCUCAGAGGACACACUUCUCUGCGUCACGUGUUAGCAGCUCUUUGUAAAGGUGAACGCGGCUGUGCUCAGCCCUCCGGUUAACCCUUUGAUGGAAUCACUCCUUUUGUUUACAACCUGAACUGGGCUCGGUAGGAGUCGCCGUGGAUCGAGUGCAGGAGGCUCCGCGGAGGGGGCGGAACAUCUGGAUCUCUUUUCAGUUGAAAUCAUCUGUGGAGCAAAGGAGGAGCAAGGCUUUCCAAGGCCCUGACAUGCUGAGCUAGACUGGCUGACCUACAUCCUUCAGUUCCUCUGGAUUUCUAGGACACUUCUCCACCUGCUUUGUUCGCUGUGCUGUUUUAAACAAAACCUCGAAGACACAAUAAAACAAGAGUACAAAGAAAGGAAUUUGAUGCACCUAAAUAAUCUGUUGGACUCCGAACAGAAAAAAACUGCAAGUGGAUAAAUGAGGGUUUCCAAUCUUGCAACUCAGCAGUUUUUUGUCCUUUUGGCCUAUUUAGACACCUGAUUCUCCAUCAGUUCUUCACUUAAAAAAAAGCAGGGUCAAACCAGAAGGCAAAGUGUUGUCAUCCCAGUCACAACUUCUCACCCUGGCUGCAGCUUGACAAAAAUGGAAAAUCUUAAUUCAGCACUAAAUACAUUGAACAAAAACUCAGGGGACAACCUGAACGGCCUUGAGACCUUCAACAAUUAUGAUGAGUCUCUUCCUUCCUUACAAGCUACACCAACUCGUUUGGGUCGUCUCAUCAAGCCUAAACCCAAUAUGACCUGCCGGAGAAAGCGGGAGUUCAUUUCUGAUGAGAAAAAGGAUGCAUCCUACUGGGAGAAACGGCGCAAGAACAAUGAAGCCGCUAAGCGGUCUCGGGAGAAAAGACGACUCAAUGAUAUGGUUCUGGAAAACCGGGUCAUUGCACUGAAUGAUGAGAAUGUGAGGCUCAAGACAGAGCUGCUCCAGUUGAAGUUGCGCUUUGGCCUCAUAAGCACAGCCUCAUACAUUGAAAAAAGCCAACAGAUGGAUUUGGGCAACAACGGAGCCAAUGGAGGCUCGUCUUCAUCAUCUUCUUCCACUCAGUACUACUCCAGUGGCUACUCCAGUGGUUCUCAGGUUAUGAUUAACUCAGAUUCCUCGGAAACUGAGCAGUCAGGACGCAGUGAAGGUCACAGACAGAUGGUGAAGUAUUCUCCACGUGGCUCCCUCUCUGAUAUGUCUGAUGGCUCGUCAAGAGACAGCCCAGAGCCGUUACCGUUUGAGAUCAAGCAGGAGGGUGAUAGGCUAGAGAUGGACAUUGCUAAUGGCACUACCACCCAGAUCAUGUUUAACAUUCACCGUGGUUUGGCUUCUGUACCCAAACACCAUCAGAUUCAGCAGCAUCAGGAGAUGGAUACUGGAUAUCCCAGCCAGCAACCGGAGCAGCACCAACUUCUUCAGCAGCAGCUGCGGCAGGAGCCUGUUGCUUCAAGCAAAAUUGCAGGCCAGGAAGCUGCUUCUCACCCCCCUGCUGCCCAGAGGAGCGUCAUUCUAUAUGGUGCCAGCAGCGCCUCUUAUGCCAACCUGACCAGGUCCCAGGAAAUUGAUCUAGAAGCAUCCACAAAGCCAAGCAGCCAAAUCUGCAUCGGCCAACUGCCCAAGUCCAUCACAGGGAACUCCAUAGAGACUCUAGUUGAGGUGGCAAAACAUCUGGACAAAAAAACUAUAGACUCUCCCCCUCAUGAUAGCUGUACCGAGACCAAGGAGGGGCAGCUAUACAGAGUUUGCCAUCUUACCCAGCAAAGUUUGGAGAGUGAUUCAUCAGAGCUUUUCAACGAACAAGCAGAUGGGGUCAGCCAUCCUCACCUGUAUCAUCAUCUCCAACAACCUCCUCAGACAUAUCCACAAGAUGAGGAGCCUCCAAUCCUAAGUUAUGAAGGCAUGCCCAGCAGCGAGGCUUUUUAUCAAGGCCAAUUGGUGUCCAACUCAAGGGACAGCCCCUCCACUGAGGAUGAUAUCUGCAGCCCUGAAAAAGAAGCCUUCACAGACGAAGAGUCCCCCUCUUCAUCCUGUGCAGACAUGGGCACCUUCCAAAACCAACAUUUCGCUGGCGUCCUUCAGCCUGCCUCCCCUUCACCGCAAUACCAAGGAUGGGAUCCCCAGGGGGAGGGACGGGGAACAGCGCUUCCACACAAACUCAGACUCAAACACAGGGCUAUGAGCAAUGGAAGCAGUGCUGGUCAGGAGUCUCCAACAUCUCCAUCUUCAGCAACACCCCCUCCCAUCCCCCAACAUUCCUACUUGUCCUCUUCACCAACACAGAGCAUUAGACAAGACAGUCCAGGUGGAGCUUGCAAACAAGUGGCUGUGGGGAAGGGGGCAAGGACAGGAAAUGGGAAAAAGGAGACAGUUGGGCGACGAAACAAGAGGCGAGAGUAGCCGACUGUCACUGUAUCUGUUGACAGGUUUUCUAAAGAACUACCCUACCAUCAUGCCUUUGUCCUACAAUACAAAUAACCUCCUUUGGGACAGAAAAGUGGACUUUUGUACACUGCUAACCCCAGAGGCAACAAAAAGCUGGACAUUUUGUAGGGCUGUGUCAUAUGUGUACAUACUGUACAGACUUGCCGUUUCUUACAUCCUCUCCAUACCUACAGAAGCACUUUUGUUUAUAUUAUGAGAGGAGGAAUGGAACUACACUUUUUUACUUUUGUCCUAUAAAAGCUUACAAUAAAGCACAUUAAGAAACCUUAGGAAAAGGAAUGUAGAAGGAAUUUGGUACACAUUUAACUGUAGACAAACACGUGUAUGGCUCCUUGCCUUAAAUCAUGAACACUGGGGAAAUCCCAUCGACCAAAGAAGCACCAACACUACAAAGUUCCAUACCUCUUCCCAGUCCCUACCUCUACCACUGUAUACUCCCCCCUUGCAUUUAUCUUCUUAAAAUCACCAUCUCAUUUAUAUUUUAAGCACUUGUGUUGUACAUAUCUGUGAUAUAUGAAUACAUGCAUCUAUAACAAACCUAUAUUUUACAAAAGAAAUUUUGAAUACAAAAAAAGGCAGCAAAUUCUGCAAUGGUAUAUUAGGAUUCAGAACGUGACUACCCAAUGACAAAUUGUAAACAUUGUACAGCCAACUUGGCUGCCAUUGCUACAGCACUUAUUCAGUCUCUCUUUUGAUUGUUAAGCUUCGGCAUUAUUCAUUAGCUUAAAUCCUGUUUACACAGAAAUGGCCAUCCAUUUUGGAGCGCCGGGAGCACUGAGUAGAGAACACGUUGUCUCCUGAGGCAGUCACCUCAUUAAAAUGUCUGGAUUUAUAAACCUUUAACCAGCCUUUAAAUAUUUGGUGGUGGAAGUCACCAGCUGCAGGCUGUAAGCCUUUAUUUUGUGUGAGCAUUACCAACUCUUUCGUGUCAUUGUUACCAUUCGCUAGCCCACUGUAUUUAUUUCCAACCUCCCCUGCCCAUCACUUUAAAAAAAUGGAAAAGCCUACUGGAACAUAGACAGAGAAUGUGUAUAGACCUGUAUAGAUACGUAUCAAAGCAAGGAGUUCGAAUUCUGGUGUUGGUAAGAGGACUUAGACACAAAAAAGGGGGGUGGGGGGCUUAAGGCACAUUUAUGUAAACACUAAAGUGCACUGAGUUCAUGACGAGUUAAUCUGGUGUGGAGGCAAAAAGCUCUGCAUAGCUACUGUUUAUUUUUGUGGUCUUAUCCUGGCUUUGUAGUGUGAUCCAAGGUGACCCCCAAAGCCCCUAGAAAAAGGUAUAAUUGGUGACUAGAGUUUUAGCGAAGGGAAAAAUGGAUGCCAACACAACAUUUUUUUAAUUUGAUCCUAAAAAAAGAUUCAAUUAUUACUUUUUUUUCUUCUUUUCUAUGUGACUCCAAUAUUUUUUUCUUUCCCGUGAUAGCCUGCUGGGUUCUGAUGAAUUGCCUUCACUGGAUUCUAGUUUUAAUGUCUAUGUACCAUGUUUGGCUUUUUGGUGCUUGUGUAUAAAUGUAAAGUUUCACACUGUAAUGUUUGUUUUGUUUGGUUUUUAUAUCCUCUUUUUAGCCAAGGUGAUGUUCUGUUUUCCUCUAUACUGUGUCUUCUCUUCUGCUGACUGUGAUGACAUGUAGUAGCCUCACCCCCCUCCAAUUUUUUCAGUGUGUAAAAAACCGUGACUGUGGUUUUGCUGAUGGUUUUUUUUGAAAAAAUGGACAAAAAAAGGAGAGAGAGAAAAAGAUCGCAGGCGGUGUUUAGAGACAGGUGGUGGUUGGUUUGGCUGGGGUUACCAUUGCUUCCUUUUGACAUGACUGUAUGUAAAGACACUAAUGUUCAUUUGUGAAAGAUUGAGCAUUUCAAGAAAAAUUAAAAAAAUUGUUGACUUGUCAACAUCUUAACGAAAAAAA